AAUAAAAAUUAGGCCUAGCCUACUGGCACUGCCUACUCAUUUAAUAUAAUAUAAUACUAGAGUCACUGAAGCUAAUUCUAAACCUCACUCGAGAUCCAGGCUAGAUCUUGAUGUGUAAAAAUGUCAAGUCCAAUAGAUGACUUUAUGCUUGAAGAUGAUGAUGAGGAAUCAGGUCAUCUACAACCUCCUUACAGCAGUCUGAGUUCUGCUAUGGUUAGUUCACCAACUACAGACACUUUAGACUCUGUCGUUCUGGAGCCCUCUGCUUUUGAAGAUGUUGGAAAGGAUGCUCUCCCACUGGAUGAAACUGUUGAUCUUGAGCCCCCCGGGGAGGAAAUAGGCAUUGAAAUUAACAUUGAAAAACAAGUUGGAGAUGAAUUUAUCAGCAAAUCUGUUGAAAAGGAUGAUGGCCAGGAAACAGUGUCUAAUAAUAUUCUGUUUAAUACUCAAGAAAAAACAAAAGGCCAAGAUGGAGCUGCUAGCAUUAGCAGCUACUUUGCUAAUUCCUCUGAUGACAUAUUCGACUCGCUUGGUGCAGUUAAAGAUGACAAUCAACUAGGAAGUGACCUGUUUAUGUCCAUAGCUAUAUCAAAAUCUGAUGAAGACAUAAGAGUAUCAGAAAUGAAUGCGACAGAAAUAAAAGAUACAGAUGUUAUUCCAACCACUUUAUCUCCAGAAAGUGAGGAAGGUAUGAGGAGAGAAAAUUCUUUUUUGAGGAAACGGGAAGAAGAAGACUUUAAAGAACUCGAUAAGUGGGAUGCUGAUUCUUCAAUAUUUACUGAACAAAACGAGAAGAUAAAUGAGGAAGUAUCUGAAGUUUUUGAAGAGACUGAAGAGAAUAUACCCUCACAAAUUGUCACGCAUUUUCAUCACAGGGAACACAAAUCAUCUACUUGUGAACCAGAGACCAUAGUUUUUGAAGGGGAGACAGAGGCUGGCAUGAUUGAACAAGCAGACCUGCAGAUUGCUGACCUAGCAGAAGAGGAGAUAGAAGAGUUUACACAAAAUGACGACAAGCCAGGGUUUAUGUCCCAGGUGUCUCGUAGUUCAGAGCACGCUGAAUCAGCUCCAGUUGUAGCAAAUAUACCUGCAAGUCAACAGGCACCUGCUGUUCUCAACCCACCUGUUGACACCGGCUUGAAGCACCAGGGUCCAGUCGUUGGAACAACACCGUCCCAGUUGUCUCCCAUGGGCACACCCGUUCACCAGUCAGGGGAUUCUAACAAAGACAUUCUAACAUCCAGCCCCCCACUGGGUCCCAUGAACACACUUGGUCUAGAUGCACAGAACUCUGUUCCUGGUAGCCCCUUUCAUAUUCCCAGCCCAGAGACCAAGAGCGGAUCCAUAUUUUCACCAUUUGGAUCAGCUGGAGCCAAUGAUGAUGUGUUUACAUCUAUUCUCAGUAUGAGUGAUGCUGACCGGAGACAUGAUGCUUGGAUUCCGUCUGAUGCUACAAGCCAUGUUUUAAAAACGAUGGCUACCAGCCCAUUUGGAACUUUUAUGCCAGCCAUUGAACUUCUGAGCUCACCAGGCAUUAUUAGUAAUGAACCACAAGGAGAUCCAGUGAAAGAUUUAGUACUUCGUUAUAUGGGUGAACAGGAAGCUGUCAAACGAUCAGUGUUAACUGUCAAUAGUGUAACACAAGACGCUGAUGGUCUUAAAAAGCUUAUUGAGGCAGGAUGUCUUGGUGCUGCAAUAGAUUUGACAGGCCGUCUACUGGAACAGGUUGGACAAGGUUUUGGCAAACUUAAUCUUCAGACUGUUCACACCCCACAUUCGCUCCAGCUUUGGUUUUGUCGUUUUGCCUUGAUGGUUAAGAUGAGAAUGUAUGAACAAGCAGAUGCUGAAAUGAGAGCUUUUCAUAACCUAGAUACACCAGAUUUGUAUUUCCAGUUUUAUGCUAACACAUAUCCAGGGAGGAGAGGUUCCAUGGUUUCUUUCUCAAUGCGUUUAUUGCAUGCAGAGCUACCUUUACUUUGUGGACGUAGCCAGGAAAGCCUUGAUAGGUUGUACUACAUGCUUGCUGUCUGUAACAGGAUUAAAUCAAAUCUUAGCUCAGACUUAAGUGAAGAUGGUAGUGCUACGCACAUGACUUAUGAGGCCAGAAAAGUUUCUUUAGAACUGUGGAUGAAAAGAGAAAUUGAUAUAACCUACAAAAUUGGUUCCACUAUGUUGGCAGUAAAGGACUAUGAAGGUGCCCUAUCAAUAUACAACAGUUUAUUAGAAAAGGAUAAAAAUUCACAUCUGGAACUUUUGGCUGGAAUAGGUAGAAUUCAUUUACAGAUGGGGAAUAUUGCAGAAGCUACAAGGAUUAUGAAAGAAGUUGAAACUGAAUCCUCAAAGAUAGAUAGCACUGUUUCCUGUCACAAUUUAAUCAACAGGGGUUUGGUGGCAAUGUGUGGGGCCAACUUCUUUGAUGCAUACCAACACUUUAAAUCCGCAGUGCAAAUGCAGCCUCAUAACACUUGUGCUGUGAACAAUAUGGCAGUCUGUUCACUGUACCUGGGCAGGUUAAAAGAUGCCCUCAACACCCUGGAACAGCUGGUACACAGUGACCCUGCCAAUAAUUUACAUGAAGGCGUGCUCUUUAAUUUGUGUACUUUGUACGAGCUGGAGACUUCGAGGGCUUUACACAAGAAGCAAGCCAUUCUGGAUUUGGUCAGCAAACAUAAAGGGGAUGGAUUUCCUGUGGCCUGUCUUAAAAUGACAUAGAUUCUGUCUUAGAAGAAUCAGACAGUUUUUGUGAUAUAUUCUGUUUUGAGUAUAACAGAAUAC